AUGGCUGAGAAGCUUGGACCAGCAGGGCUCAAGCCCACCAACAUCCAAACCGCUCCCUCCCUUCCCCCAGAGCCCAUCGAUAUCAUCCGCAAUAAAGCCCGCUCCCGUAGAGUCCGCCUUAACGUUGGGGGUCUGAACCACGAAGUCCUUUGGCGGACCCUGGACAGGCUACCCAGGACCCGGCUCGGCAAGCUACGAGACUGCAACACCCACGAGUCCCUGAUGGAAGUGUGCGACGACUACAGCCUGAACGAAAACGAAUACUUCUUCGACCGGCACCCGGGGGCCUUCACCUCCAUUCUGAACUUUUACCGCACGGGCAAACUACACAUGAUGGAGGAGAUGUGCGCCCUUUCUUUCGGCCAGGAGUUGGACUACUGGGGGAUUGACGAGAUCUACCUGGAGUCCUGUUGCCAGGCCCGUUACCACCAGAAAAAAGAGCAGAUGAACGAGGAGCUGCGGAGGGAGGCCGAGACAAUGAGGGAGAGGGAGGGAGAGAUAGAGUUUGACAACACCUGCUGCCCAGACAAGAGGAAGAAGCUGUGGGAUCUCCUGGAGAAGCCCAGCUCCUCAGUGGCUGCCAAGAUUCUAGCCAUCAUCUCAAUCCUGUUCAUCAUCCUCUCCACCAUCGCUCUGUCUCUCAACACCUUACCAGAGCUCCAGGUCACAGACGAGUUCGGCCAUGCCAACGAUAAUCCACAGCUGGCCCACGUGGAGGCCGUUUGUAUCGCCUGGUUCACCAUGGAGUACGUCCUUCGCUUCCUCUCCUCUCCCAACAAGUGGAAGUUCUUUAAAGGCCCGCUGAAUGUCAUUGACUUGCUGGCCAUCUUGCCCUACUAUGUCACACUCUUCCUAACUGAGUCCAACAAGAGUGUGCUACAGUUCCAAAAUGUGCGCCGUGUGGUGCAGAUAUUCAGGAUCAUGAGGAUAUUGAGGAUCCUGAAGUUGGCCAGGCACUCCACAGGGCUCCAGUCUCUAGGGUUUACUUUGAGAAGGAGCUACAAUGAACUGGGGCUGCUCAUUUUAUUUCUUGCCAUGGGCAUCAUGAUAUUUUCCAGCUUGGUCUUCUUUGCUGAGAAAGAUGAAGAUGCCACUAAAUUCACCAGUAUCCCCGCCUCAUUCUGGUGGGCAACCAUUACAAUGACUACAGUGGGUUACGGUGACAUUUACCCACAGACUUUACUUGGAAAAAUUGUGGGUGGGCUCUGCUGCAUUGCAGGAGUGCUGGUAAUUGCCCUACCCAUCCCCAUUAUUGUCAACAACUUCUCUGAGUUCUACAAGGAGCAGAAGAGGCAGGAGAAGGCCAUCAAGAGGAGGGAAGCUUUGGAGAGAGCCAAAAGGAAUGGCAGCAUUGUGUCAAUGAACCUAAAAGAUGCCUUUGCCCGCAGUAUGGAACUGAUGGAUGUGGUGGUGGAGAAAGGAGAGGAAAAGACCUCGAUGGACAACAACUUGUCGCCUAGCCGAUGGGGCAGCUCAACCAGGCACGCCUCCUCAGAGACUGAGCUGAAAUCUCCGGUUGAAGGAAACCCUGAGCCGCAAAGCUCCCCUCAUCGCAUCAACACUACUGGAAGUCUCCAGCGGACAAACCGGACCCCACAGUACCUUAAUGCGCUGAAACUGGAGGAGAUGUACAACCAGAUGACCAAGUCACAGUCCUUAACCAACCUCAACACCACAAGCUCCAUGAGCACUCUGAGCACAACCAUGACCGCCCCUGUCUCGCCGAAGAAAUCUCAAAGCCCCGAAUUUACAUUAAAAGAGGAAGUAGAGCUGGAGAUGAAGGAGGUCCAACCCUCCUUUCCAGAUAAUUUUGCAGGCUGUUCAUCAGACUUUGGAGAACAGGACUCCAAUUCAGAUGAAGAAGAUGCUGAGCCCUGUCAAAUCAGACACCCCAGGGCCCCACCCCACCUUGAUUUAAGCCAACUGAGAGCCAUUGAUGACGACAGCUCUCCUGACAUCAUACUCAAAGAUGGCCUCUAUGAAUCCGCCGACCGGGGUGACGGAUCAGAGCUCCUCAUAGAGGAAGGGGAGAGCUUUAACAGUGCUGUGGAGAAUAUCCAGAGCUCUCCAAGAGGGAAUAACCCUCUUAAAAUAAAGAAGUUACAGGUUAACUUCACCAAGACCUCUGCUGAAGGCCCGCUAACACCACCCAGCACUACCUCUGCUGGAGACAUCAGCUCCAGCAUCCUGGAAGAUGAGACCCCAGAGGAGGAGACAUCACCGCUCAUCCCCAGUACAGAGGAGCUGCUCCCAGUCACAGAGGAGGAGACCUGCCCGUUGUCCCAGGAGAGGCUACAGGUAGACACCCCACCUGGCGAUGAAGAUCAAGCCACAGAGAACCACAAGGAGAAGCAUCUGAUGGCAGUGGCGGGAGCUGCAGUUGCACCUUUGUCACCUAAGACAGCAGCACAAAAUUGCACCCAAGGUGUGGUCGGGGCAGGCGGGGAAGUCAAUGCUGACAGCAACCAAAGUGGACAUAAAGUAGAGAACCACAUGUUUACAGCCGAUAUCCACCUGAUACCCGGGGAUGGAAGCCUCUCUCCGACCUGUGAAACCAGCAUGUGA